AUGGUUCAAAAGUCAAAAUCGAAAGUGGGUGCUGCCACAAUUGCAAGUGAUGACGAUGACAAGGCCAUCCCCGAAGACAAUUGGCCCAAGGCCCUUCAACUGAGGACAGGCACUCUUACCCAGCAGACUGACCUUAUCCGGGUAGUCUGUCGCGAGGCCAUUCAAAUCGUUGAGAAGACUUUGGUUACCGAAAAUGCGUGGCCAGAACUCCAUAAAGGUACGCUCUACAAACGACAAGUCCUGUUAGAAGUGGUCAAGCUUCUGCACGCCAAGAAUACCGAAGACGACAAGGGGAAGCAAGAUGCCCAGUACAAGGCACUGACCAACCACCUGUCAAUUGACGAAAAGUUCGCCAGGCAUAUUGGCAAAUGGGUCGUUGAUCAUCUAUCGCAUCACCGCGGACAGAUUCGAAGCAUGGCUUCGGACCAGAUCACAAUUUUUCAGCUCGGCGUUGGUGAUGGAUGUUCACAGCAUGUCCAUGCGUUGAUCGAGAACGAUGUGUACGUAUAUCCUGGGCACUGGGCUGCAGAUAAAGAUGGCAAGCCUAUCUGGAUGGUCAAGAACUCGGUUACCGACAUCCAGAUUUACCUCAACCCAGGUCUCAUCAACCUCAUCAAGACUGCUUUCUUCANCGUUCCANCAGGCUUUGGAUACAAGUCAAAGAAGUAUUAUGUUUCGUCGCAUCCAACCCUCAAAGAUCCUGAGCUGACAAUCCCAUUGUUGCCCUUGUUCUUUGCUGCACUUUACGAAUGGCGAGAAGGCAAGAAGGGCAAGAUGAGUGCCGACAGCCAGAAGGCCAAAGCCAAGAAAUUUGAAGGAGAUAAUUUCAAGAAGGUCUUCAAUCGCCACAUAGAUAAUUUAACAAAGUUGAAGAAGAAAGUCAACACGUACCACAAGAUUAUGUCGGAACUUUAUGCAAAAGUCACCGACGGUGACAACACUAUGGAUACUGGAGCUCUUACUAAAGGUAGCGCAUUGGCAGUGUUGGAUUUAGAUGGGUUGGACUAG